AUGCCUCCUAAGCGUGCACCUCCCGCUACAGAACGCGGUCUUCCAUAUGACCUGCGGAAAACGCGUAUUCCACGCAGCCUUCUUGACCUAUUUAUUGAGGACUAUGGCGUCGAACGAGAAACGGAAAGGGGCUAUAAGCCUGCGAAGCUGAUACACGAGACGCUUCAAUAUGUCAUUUCUAGGGACUCGUUCUUGAUAUUUGUCUUUACAUUUUUGCACGAGAACUUGACUGAUAUGACGUCUAACAUGACGCUGGCGUUAUCGUACUUUGGGGAUUUCGCUUCUUGGGUACCAGCAGCGCGCAAUAAGUUGAUGCAUGCUCUUGAAGAGUUUGCCAACUACAUGGUGGCGCAGUUCUUCCUUCCGCUCAGAGCGUCGUCCGUCAAAACCCCGCAACUAACGCCUACCUCGUUGUCAACCAUGCUCCCGUCGACCCCCACUAGCACAAAACAACGCAUAUCUCUCCUGAGGCAUGACUGUCUCGUCCGCGAUCGCCAUCGAUGCGUUGUGAGUCGGAAGUUUGAUAUAGCGGAAGCUAGAAGACGCCUUAACAGGGGCAAAAGCUCUACAGAUGACGACGGGAAGCUCCUUGAGUCGGAACCACGCGGCAACUUCCAGUACCUGGAAGUCGCCCAUAUACUGCCUCAUUACCUUACAAAGGUUGCUUCGGGGGAUGAAAAUAUGAUACAGAACAAGACCUGUGUGACGGUCUACAAGGGAGCUAUUGGAAUUUGA